CAUUCACCUAUCUACUUGUACUCUUGUUGACCGUACUUUCUUCUCGCGACACCUUCACCGUCACCUCACUAGAAUCUUUCGCGGUGAACCGAACACUUUGGUCAGAUAACAGACCGCACAUUCCAUUCUCCUCUUGCAUUUUUCGCACCCUUCGUUCGCCAACUUCUCAACUCUUUCAACCCACUUUUCAGCUUCCUCCAGAGCGUAGAUUUAUCUUACGCUGCCAGAAACAGGCACAUUCCUCACCGAAAACCGCAGACCACUCUCCUCCACCUGUCGUCAUCAUGCCUUCUGGCACGGCCGUUCACUUUGGCGGUGGCAACAUCGGACGUGGCUUCAUCGCCGAGUUGCUGCACGAGUCUGGCUAUGCCGUCGUCUUUGUUGACGUCGUCGACGACCUGAUCAACCGCAUCAAUGCCUCCAAGUCAUACAAGAUCACUGAAGUUGGCCCAGAAGGUGAAAAGAGCAAGACGAUCACAAACUACAAAGCCCUCAACUCCAAGUAUAGCAUGGAAGAGGUGGUCAAGACCAUUGCCGACGCCGACAUUGUGACUUGCGCUGUCGGACCCAACGUGCUGAAAUUCAUCGCCAAGCCCAUUGCCGAGGGUAUCAUGGCACGCACCAAGUCCAAGCCACUGGCAGUCAUUGCUUGUGAGAACAUGAUCAAUGCCACCGACGCCCUCAAGGAGCAGAUUGUGGACCCUAAGAACAUGAAGCCUGACUUCCUACCAAAGCUCCCCGAAAAGGCAGAGUUUGGCAAUUCUGCCAUUGACAGAAUUGUCCCAACUCAACCUGCUGAUGCCAAUCUUGACGUUGUCAUCGAGACCUUCUUCGAGUGGUGUGUCGAGACCACCGGCUUCAAGUCAGGCCAUCCUGAAAUCAAGGGUAUUCACUGGGUCGAUGACCUUGAACCGUACAUUGAGCGCAAGCUCUUCACCGUCAACACCAGCCACGCCACCGCGGCUUACUUCGGGUACAACAAGGGCUUGAAGACCAUUCAUGAGGCCAUGGCCGACCCUGAGAUCAGACAGGAGGUUCACGAGGCACUCGAAGAAACUGCUCACCUCAUCAGUGGCAAGCAUGGCAUCACCACCGAGGAGCAGCAGCAGUACGUCGAAACCAUUGUCUCUCGGAUAUCGAACCCUCAUCUUGAGGAUGUCCCCGUCCGCGUCGGACGUGCACCGCUCCGCAAGCUCGGUCGCAAGGAACGCUUCAUUGGACCUGCGGCCCAACUUGCUGAACGUGGCUACGAUGUGACGGCUUUGAUCCGUGGUGUUGAAAUGGCUCUUCGCUUCCAAAACGUUGAAGGUGAUGAGGAGAGCUUCGAGCUGGCCAAGAUCAUGAGCAGCAUGUCCGCUGACGAGGCCACUACCAAGCUCACUGGGCUCGAGAAGGAUCAUCCUCUCUACCCUAAAGUCUUGGAGAAGGUCAAGCUCGUCCAAGACGAGAAGAAAUGAGUGCUCCACAAUACGUGCUCAAACUCUGUCACAUCUUUCUCUCUCUUUUUUCGCAUACGAGUAACGAAACAUGGAAUGAUUUUUUACGGAAUGCCCGAAGGUGUUGAAGGUUGAACCAAAAGAUACGAGCCUAGCCUCUUGCGACGCUUUAGCGUUGCCCAACCUGUUCGUUUAGACAUGGUCUUGAGAGUUUCUGCAGAACAUUCGAUCUGAAAUAUC